AUGGAGCUCAAUCAAGAGGCAUUCUCGGAGUGUUGUUUAGUGAUGGAGGAUUCUUUUGACAAUGUUUACAAGCAAUGUCGGUUUACUGAAAAAUCUGUAGGACCGUUGGAGAUUAAGGUGGUGCGUCCUGGGACAUUUGAUUCGCUCAUGGAUUUCUUCAUCUCACAGGGUGCUUCUAUUGGUCAAUACAAGUCUCCAAGGUGCAUCAAAUCUGGAAAAGCCUUAGAGGUACUAGAGAAAAGUGUGGUAGCCACAUUCUUCAGCACCGGAGGUUGUUCUUUCAAGAACUAG